AUGUUGAAGCGUCGAUCCUCAGGUCUUCUCUUGCUCCUCCUCGUCACUUUCUGUCAAGGAGGCGACGGAGCGGGCCUCAAAGCCUCCCGAAACCCUAUCGAGAAGGGUGAAAGCAUUUUCCGUAAGUUGCCGUGUCCGAAUCCUGAAGAUAUCUUUCCCUGUACAUGCACUGCGGACGAGAGUAAUCGCAUGGACAUGGACUGCUCUCACGUCGAAAGCGAGGAGCAGCUGGAGAGAGUGUUCUCGUCGACCUUUCCCUUCAGUACUUUCCGAAACUUGACCGUCGUUGAUAAUGUGUUUCUUAAGACCUUGAAGAACCAAUCCCUCGGCAUCGCCUCCUUCACGAGCGUGUACAUCAUAAACAGCGUGCUGGAAGUCGUGGAAUCACACGCCCUUGUGAACAGCUUUGGCACGGCUCAGGUGAUCAACAUGCAGAACAAUCUCAUCUCUUCCUUUCCCUUCGAAAUCCUGCCCUCCUUCACCAGCCUCCUGGAGCUGGACGUGAGUUACAACAAGUUGCCUUUCCCCGCACUCGUGUCCCAGACGCUGCUCGUGCUCGACCUCUCCCACAACCAGGCCGUCGACGUCUCCUCCGACGCCUUCGCUGCUCUGCCUGACAUCUCGGAAAUCAGACUUGGUGGGAAUCAGAUCUCCGUGGUUCCGACCGGAACAUUUGCCGGUCACCGGAAUCUGUACCACGUGGACCUCGAAGCGAACGCGCUGACCUACCUUCCCGAGGGCGCCAUACAGCUGACCUCCAGCAGUGCGGGGACGGUCAUUCUGCGGGGGAACCAGAUCGCAGAUGUUGCUGUUAACAGCAUAACAGAUGUGUCCGGCGGAAACGUGGACAUCAGCAACAACACUUUGAAGGCUUUGAACGAGGACGUCUUCCGACCUAUUCUGGCUGAAGGCACGGCUCUCGACAUCAAAGACAACCCGUUGACCUGCGGCUGCGACAUCGCGUGGGUGAUCCGCGACGACCUCCUGCUGAAGCUGGUGGCGGAGGGCGCUGCCUGCUACGACGGGGAGCUGCUCGUCGACCUCGACCCCGGGAUGUUCGAUGACCUGGGAUGCCCCUAG